CGUGUCUAACAUCUGCUCCCAAUAUUUUUAUGUGGAUGCCGCCACCACAUAAUUGUAAAUCUAAAGUCGUCUUCUCAAAUCUAAUGGUUUUGGCGAAAAGGAAGAUCUCGUUAAAGCAAGAAGUUUGAAAACAUUCCAAUUUGCAGACAACAUAAAAAAUGAGCGGGUGAUAAACAACAAAAAAAAUUCAUCUGUGUAUUGCGUCUGAAGAACAAAAUCUUGGGAACUCUGCUUCGUCUUGGAAUUUGGAGAAUUGCAGAAUUCUCAUUGUCUUCUGCAAAUCAAUUUGAAGAAGGAAGAUUAUAAUCAUGACUGGUGAACAAACCACAACAACUAGUAGUGUUGGUGGAGUUUCUGGAAAUCCAAGCGUCAUUCAAAUGAGUCAAGGGGUUGAUUACAAUCAUCCCUUGUUCUUGAGUCCUGUUGAUAUCAGCGGAGUUAAUCUGAUCUCGUUUCAUCUUGUUGGAAUUGAGAACUAUGCAUUGUGGAGUAGGUCAAUGAAGUUGGCAUUACUUGGAAAUGAAAUUGGGCUGAUAGAUUGUUCUUUCAAACAAGAGGAUGCAAGUGAAGAACUAAAAGGUCAAUGGGAGAGAGUGAAUGUUAUCGUUUUGUCUUGGCUUCUAAAUUCUAUGUCAAAGAGUUUGUUAGGAGGAGUGGCAUUUGCAUCAUCAGCUCGAGCUGUGUGGAAUGACUUAAAGGAAGGGUUUGAUCAACCUAAUGUAUCAAGAACUUUCAAUUUACAUAAAGAAAUCACAACCCUGCAACAAGAAACAGACUCCGUAUCAGUAUACUUUACUAAGCUUAAAAUCUUAUGGGAUGAAUUUAAGACAUCGGUUCCAUCCCAUGGGUGUAAUUGUGAACAAUCAAAAGGUUUUGUAGAUCAUCUUAAUCGUCAAAAAUUGUAUCAAUUCUUGAUGGGGUUGAAUGAAUUAUUUAGUUAGGCAAGAAGUCAAAUCUUUUUAAUGGUUUCUAUUCCUACUGUGGAUCAGGCUUAUGCCAUGGUGGUGAAUAAUGAUUAUCAAAAGGUGACUUCUAGUAGGUCAAGUAUGAGUCUUAAUUAUGUGGGGAACACUGGAAUGGAUCCUUUGGCAAUGUACUCAAGAACUGGUGGAUGACUCCCUCUUGUAGACCUUCUAUUUCCCAUUAUAUGAGAACCACUAGGCACAACAUUUUGUUCUUGAACUAUAUCCUCUUCCACUCUAUCUUGUUCAACAUUCUCAGUCAAGUUUCUUCUUGCUUCUGCACCGGAUUGAGUUUGUUGUAUAUUACUAUAACCUUCUUUCCAAUAGAGUAAUGAUAUAGUCAAGAAGUAGGAGUGAGUUAGAUGUUAUUUAGGCUGUUUCAAGAAAACAGUUAGGAAGGUAGUUAAUUACUUAGUUAAUAUAUAAAUACAUAGCCUUGAUUGUAAUGUUACAUAUGAUUGAAUACAAAAAAAAAUUUCCUUCAUCUCUUUGAA